AUGGGUCAGGCUCACCCACUAACAUCACACCCAAGACAGCAGCUUAAUUUAAGAGACCCAGAACACAUUGUGCAGCAGGAGCCUGUGUUUAUUUCCCUCUCCAUUCCAAGGGGACCCGGAUCACCCCCUCACUGCUUCUUUCAUGCACUUGUUAUCCCUUUCUCCUUGAGUUGCCUCUGGAAGAACAAUCAUCAGAAGAGGAGUCUGGCUAGAGGGAUGUCCACUGAGAUUGCAGAAGAUCCCAUGUUGAAGGAUGCCACGUCCUCAGAUAGAGAACUCCUUGAGCUCAGCGAUAAUGAUAUGGCGGAGAUCAACUUGCAUGCAGUGGAAUCCAUUAGUGAUCUGCACUAUGCGUCCAGCAGGCACGAAGGUGCUAAGGUCGGGGAAGAAAGCCGAUGGUCUCAACCCAACACCCCACAGACUCCACAUAGUGCUACUUCCUCCAAGCAUUUCACCUUCCCAAAUGAAGAGGACACAGGAUUUCUACCAGUCCCGGAUUUCAACAUCUUACACGCUUUCACCUGCUGCCCUUGUUUCGGCUUCACAUUUUGCCCCACAGGCUUCUUUGUCCUCCUCGGAGUCCUUGUAGUGGCCAGCCUUGGUCUGGCCACGCUGGCUGUUUAUCUAAGUGUCCUACAGCGUGAGUCCCUCCGGGUCCUUGCCCAGUGGCUGGAGUCACAAGAGGAGGCCAUCCGGCAAAUGAGAGCAGUGAGCAUACAGCUAUGGCAGCAGCUCAAUAACAGUGAACUUGAGGUUCAAACUUGAGCAAGGUAGUUGCUCCUCUCACCCUGCUACCAUUCUUAAAGGAGAGAAGCUUGGGGGGUGGGGGGGGGGGACUCAUUUCUUGACAUAUUUUUAAUAUGGACAUGUGGUGGUUUGGACUAGGCAAUUGCCUUAUGGUAAAGAAAAAUGCUUCUCUAGAAUCAUUGGAAAGUCUUGCUGAGGUCCUUGCACCCUGGUGAAUGUAAUGCCUGGAGCACGGAGGCUGCCAAAGGAUGGAAAGGGAAAGUCAUUCAGAAAUCCUACUGAGACAUAAAGGAGGAAGGGAUUAUCUGUGCAGCAGCCUCUCAUCGGUUUCUCAGAGAAUGUUUGUAUUCCUACACUAUUUUGAAAGAUUUAAUUAACACCUUUUUCUUGUUCAAUAACAAUUGAGUAGCCCAAUCCAAAACAUCACAAAAUUGUCUACAUACAUGGCUGAGUUUGUGACACAUUUGCUUUCUGAUGCUCACUGCAUACAAACUUUGUUUCACCAACAAAAUCAUAUUGUGCGGAAAAUUACUUUCAGGCUAUGUUGAAAAGAUGGGUAUGAAACAUAAAGUCAAUUUUGUUUUAAUCCUGGGUCGCAUCUUCAAGGUAGCUUGUUAUGUAUACACAAAAAUUCCAACAUCCACCACACUUAUGGACCCACCCAUUUUGGAUAAGGGAUACUCCACCUUACUGCUUUAUUUUAUACUCUUCUGGCAGCUUUGCAGAUAUGACUGAAAAUGCAUCCAAAAGUUUUAUUUUGCCAAGGUGUUUUCUUCUCUAAAAGGGCCCAGAGGAUUUCAGUGUGCUUUGAACCAAAUCAGGGAAAGUUUUUUUUCUUUAUAAGAUAAAGAUAAAGGUUUCCCUUGA